AUGAAACGUUUCAGAUUCAAUGUAAUCGGCAUCUCUGAAAUACGUUGGACAGGAAAAGGAGAAAUAUCAGAUGGUGACUUCAUCUGGUCAGGAAAAGAUACUACACACAACAGAGGUGUAGGAAUGCUACUAAGUGCAAGAGCAAAACAGACACUAAUAGGAUACAAUCCGAUUAGUUCACGAGUAAUCACGGCUAGAUUCAAUACAACACCAUUCAAGCUCACAGUAAUAGACGUGUAUGUGUCAACAUCAGCAUCAUCAGACGAUGAAAUCGAAAUAUUCUACGAUAGCAUGGAACAUGCACUAACACAAACGCCUAAAAAGAAUAUAGUAAUCGUAACUGGUGAUUGGAACGCAAAAGUUGGCAGCGAUAACACAAACUGGAAGUUGGUCAUGGGCAAAUAUGAAUAUGGUGAUAGAAAUGAACGAGGCGGUCGACUCCUAGAAUUCGCAGCACUACAUAAUCUACAUAUUUGCAAUACACGAUUUCAACAGAAAGCAAAUAGAAAAUGGACAUGGGCAUCACCAGAUGGUGUGCACAAGAAUAUGAUUGAUCUAGUGCUGAUUCAAAGGAGAUGGAAAUCAUCAGUCACGAAUUGUCGAACAUUUUAA